CUCAGUCUGCUUGUUUAUCCUCACUUUGACUGACCCCAUCACUCACUGUGAUAAUCUUGCAGUACCAAAUCUUAUCAUAUGAAACCAGACAACAUGCUGCAUUGGCGCUUGCUAUUGAACUCAGAUCAAGUGGCUGAUGAUCAAAUGCACCCAACUCAGUCCAGACCAGCAAGCUACCCAGUCUUUGUCUAUGAUUCUACGCAUGCAAACUUGAAUUACGUGGCAGAAUAUGUAUCCCGAGGCGUCAUGGAAACUGCUGUCCUACUCUGCCCAAAGCAGCCUGCAUCAAACUGGUGAGAUGAACUGGCUGGAUCACAUUUCCAUCACCUCCAGUGUAGAAAGGGGUCACACCCAACCAAAAAGGAAGCUGCCAUGAUAUCAGGCUUAUUCUGAGCUGAGCAUCGAGAUAAAUAGCCAAGUAUUGCCUCUAGGCUGCAUGCUUUUGGAACAAGAAGUCUCGUCUACAGAAUACUCGUUCAAAAUCGCUCAGCAAAAUGUCUUCUCCAGUCCUACCCGGUGCUGCUGUGGCAGCUACUGUCUCUUCUUCUGCAUCACUGGGAUUUGUUCCUGUAGCCAUUCAUUUUGACCUUUUUGCCAUUCUGGUGCAUCUUGGAAAGUCUACGGCAGUGGAAGAGGUGACAAAGGUCUGCAAUGAUCGGAUCCAUGAGAGAUCGAAGGAUGAGCCAGGACUUAGUGAAACUUUGGCAGCGGAUACACUUUAUAUCAUGGCAGGCCUGGGCCUAGUCGACCAGGAAAGCGAGAAUAUUUUCAGCCCUAACUCUAUUACCGAACAUAUGGUAAAAUUGCCAUCCUCACAGCAGGGAGCGCUUCAUUUCACGACCGAAGUAUUGUUUGCUGGCGCAUUCUUGAUGCGAAAAUUGAAGGCUACUAAUUUUGAAUGGCCCAUGCGCGAGGCAGAUGGCCCAGUGCAGUAUGCCUAUAAGCUAAUGGGAUAUGAGGAACUCUCCAAGUUGCAUACAUACUCUAUCAUGGCCCACGAGGGCCGGAUGGAUAGUUUCAAUCAGUUUAUGACAGGCAAAUUUUCCAAAACACAGAAAAUGCCGGAUCGUCUACAGGGAUUUGGAUACGACUUGAGUCCUGCAAUUGCCGCUAAUGAAGAUUCGGUUGCCAUGGUGGACAUCGGCGGUGGCCGUGGAGAGUUACUUCUGGAAGUGAAAGAAAUUUAUCCAGAACUAGGCCCAGAAAACCUUGUGGUUCAGGAAUUCAACCCAGAUAUUGGUGAAAUCCCUGGAAUAACCUUAAUGGAGUGGAAUUUCAAAGAACACAGCGAACAGCCAAUCCGGGGAGCCCGGGUUUAUUGGCUGCAGCGUGUCUUGCACAACCUACCGGAUCUGGAGGCCAUCAAACUGCUACAAAAGGUUGCAAAGGCGAUGGCUGCACAUUCCCGAUUGAUUAUACUCGAAGCUGUGAAGAGUGUAAGCCACGCAGGUCCGCAUGCAGCGAUGAUUGCCCUUUUUGCUGCUCGCGAGCGCAGCCUCUCCGAGUGGAAGAAGAUGGCCGCUAUAUGUGGUCUCGAGGUUACCUUUGAGGCUUAUCCGGCUAAAGGAGAAUGUUUGAUCGAAAUGAGGAAGGCAGAAAGAUAGAUCAUACAACUAUAAGCGGUAUCUGUUGGGUAUUUGUAAUCCACUAUUCACUGUUAUCAAUAUAUCAGUUUACUUGCCGCUGGCCAUGCAGUCAAUGAGAACGAGUUUAAUUAUUCAAAUACCUCAG